AUUGUUGGGGGACAUUAUCCUCCCUUACACUUUAACAAGUCGGUGUGCACCUUGAUUCAUCGUCUCUCCCGCACAAUCACCACGUAUAAAACGCUCCUACUAAAACCUUCCUUACCAGAUAUAUACAGAAAAUUGCCAAUUAAAUACUCGGUUGUCUAAAUAAUUUAUGAAUACCCCACUCAGACACAGUAUACUGACUCCGAGCCGACCAGUCCUUGUUUUAGCCCAUUAAAGCCGAGCGCCAGGCUUGGUAACAACAAGUACCAUCUUUUAACGUCUUUUGGGAUGACCCGGCCGGGCGCUGAAUAAUAUAUAGGAUAUAGGAAUAGGAUAUAUGAUGUAACAUUAAAAAGUCGCAUGGAAUGUAUCGUUAUUAUUCUGUGAUGUCGUGAAUGGCGUAAUGCUACAUGGUUCUCAAUACUGCAUCCUGUGCUGUCUUUUUGAUCAGUUCGAAGAAUAUCAGAAAGUUAUUUCUUUCUAUCUUUCAAGCUGUGUGUGAAUGUUUAACCUUGAAACAGCUUCUCGCUACAACCAGGACAUGGUAACGCCACGUCUAAAUAUACAUAGAGACAUCUACAUCACCCAUUACCUGCGGCAGUUUCAUCACUGACUCCCUCCUGUACGUGACCUAGCCAUGACCUUGUCGUGGCCUAACAGGUGUGAUCGCACAUAUAACCCUCUGACUUCAUCAUGUUACAUCCCGGACUCCAUAGCCAUGUCAUAACACCCAAUGAGACACAGGUCCAGGUGAAACGUAGUUGCCGGAUGUAGUCUCACAGUGCUGGGGAAGCCACGACUCAAGCAUGUGAAAUCAAUCCGACUUUGAUCCCACUUCUAAUAACAAUAGAUCAUAAAAGGCGGUGCAAAAAGGCGGCGCAAGCUAUUGGGCGACGACAGUGACACACAUUAUCCCCCGGACGUAGAGGCAGCAGGUUGCGUGCACGUCCUCCCGUCUCACGUGCUACUGAACCCGUAUUUCCAGCAUGAACAGCAGCGUCGUGUUGUGUCUGUGUGCCCUUGUCACCGCCUGCUGUGGCAAUGCAUCACGGGAUCUCGCAAAGCUCCACACCGACUUCUUCGCCUGGCAGAUGUCGGACAGCCCAAUGAGUGCCACAUACCGUGAUAUACACAAAUAUAACGACAAGAUACGGUCCUACAAUAUGUCUAUGUUCGACAUAAGAAAGGAUGAGAUCGUGUCCUUCCACACCCGCCUGGUGAACAUCACACAGGAGGACCUGAGCAAGUCUGACCUGGUCAACUACAAGAUCUUGGACGACAUGCUGACCACCUACAUCCGGGGUUGGGAGUGGAGACAUUUUCAGAGCCUGAAUCCUGUCACUUUUCUGGAAGGUCCACAGUCGUACAUAGAGUCAAUGGUCCAGUCCAUCCCUUUCUUCACUUUCGGCGACUUUGAAAACUAUAUUGUCAGACUCCAGAAGUUCCCUAACCAGUAUGAAGAGUUUAAAGAACGAAUGAGGGAGGCGGUUCGAUUGAACAGGACGUAUCACUCGCAUUCAAUGAGUCGGGUUGAGGGUCAGUUCGCCAAGUUACAGGUGGCGGCCAAUGAAUCGGACUUCUUCUGGCCAUUCCGAGACACCCUGGAGAAUAACACAGACAUAUCAGUGGAGAAGAAAAAUGAUCUACGAGCCCGUGGACAGGACGCUGUUAUUGGCCUAUUAAAGUCACUGGCAGACCUCUGGUUGUUCAUUGAAGAAGACUAUAUGCCUAACACUCGCCCCUCCAUCGGCAUCAGCUCUCUGGACGGAGGACAAGAGUACUAUGAGGCUUGCAUCAGGUGGUAUCUCUCCGUCAACAUGACGGCUCAAGAAGUCCACGACAUCGGCCUCCUGGAGGUGGACAGGAUCGUCGACAACAUGCAGAAGAUCAUGACGAAGCAAGAGUUCAAUGGGAGUGUCAGCGAGUACUUUCAGACCAUCAUGAAUAACACGGAUUUUUUCUUCAAUACUGCGGAGGACAUCUUAGCGGAAUUCCGUCAUCAGAUAUUUGAUGUCAUAGAACCAACACUGGAACGCUUCUUCGUCAACUUGCCCGGUCUUCCUCUAGAGGUGCGAGAGAUGCCUAACGACGGCCCAGGUGGCGCCUACUCCACAGGCUCUGCUGACGGCUCCAGGCCAGGCGUGUUUUGGGCAAAUGUGUUCCGGCCCCAUGAAUCCCCCAACCUGACCAUGAUGGCGUUGUCCAUCCACGAGGCCAACCCCGGACAUCACCUGCAGCUCAGCUACUCCAUUACAUCCGACACCCCCGACUUCCGGCAGAAGAUGGUGUCGUCUGCUUUGUACAGUGUCCCCUUCGGCUUCCCCGGAUACACGUCCUUUGUCGAGGGCUGGGCGCUGUACUCCGAGUUCCUGGGCGAGGAGAUGGGGCUGUAUAGAGAUGACUAUGAACUCAUGGGGCGCUACAGUUCUGAGAUAUUCCGGGCGUGUCGACUUGUGGUGGACACGGGCAUCCAUGCCUUCAACUGGACACGUGAUGAGGCUAUUGACUACAUGCUCAAGUACACAGCGGAGUCCUACGACAACAUCGCAGUAGAGAUUGACCGCUACAUCACGUGGCCUGGUCAAGCUCUGGCCUACAAGAUCGGGGAGAUCAAGAUUCUGGAGCUGCGACGAAAAGCGGAGCAGCAGCUCGGCGACAAGUUUGACAUCCGUGAGUUUCACUCUGUGGUGCUCGAGAGCGGAACUGUGCCACUGAACGUGUUGGAGGAUCUCGUCACUGAUUGGCUGGACACAUACCCCGUGACCACUCCCAGACCGGACACUCCGACGUGUGGAGCGGCAUUCGAUGUACCAAUGUACAUGUUAAGUCUUGUAUCAUUUUACCUGUCUGUCUACUUGUACAUUUAGAUACAGCUCAGUUCCAUCUUCUAUUAUUACGUAAUAAAAGCAGUCAUAUUCCUUAUAGUACAGAUAUACUUUUUACUUUUUAACAUGUAUGUCUCCGAUAAAUGUUUAAAUUUAAUAUGAAGAACAUGUCCUCAGACUUCAUGAUAAUUUGAUUAUUUCACAAUUGGACAGUUGCAUCUGUGAUUUUGGGUGCUAUCAUAAUUAUUUUUAGCCCACCUGAUCAAAGGUCAAAUGUUGUUAUAUCUUGGCCUGUUUGCCCCUCGUCAUUCGUGCAUCGUGCGUCGUUAACAUCUUCUUGGAAACCCCUUGCGCUGAUACAGCUGACAUAGGGCUUGCAUCUCCCCAUCAGUUGUGACAUCCAAUAUGUUGAAGAGGUUAGAAUCCGAUUGUCAAUAUGGCCGCCGUGGAACCUGUACUGAACCCACAAGGCCAAGUCCGGAUACAGUACGGCGGCACUGUUUAGUUAAAUCCUGAUUGUACAGGUAGUAGCCCGAAAUUAUUUGUAUUUUUAAAUAAAUAAAAUUAUAGAUAUCUCUUGUCAAA